AUGAACGGUGAUAGCUACUCAUCGCGAGAUCGAAGGGGACGAGACUAUCCACCGCGGGGCGGUGACCGCGACGACCGCCGCGAGCGCCACCGAGACCGUGGUGACCGCGACCGUCGACGCUCUAGAUCGCCAGACCAUCGCCAUCGCCGGGCUGAGGGCGACGACAACGCUUACUCCUCGAGCCGAAACCAUAGAGACCGCGAGCGCGAGGAUCGCUACUCGGGUCGCGACCGCAGACCAGAGAGAGAAUGGGAUCGCGAUCGUGGUUCGUCUCGCCGCGAUGCCCGACGUGACGACGACGAUCGCUUCGGACGCCGAGACAGGGACCCCUACGACGACCGCCGCCGCGGAGGAAGAGACAGCCGAAGGGAUGAUGGUCAUGGUCAUGGGCCUGGGCCUGGGAGGCAAGAGCAGCGUAGGGAAGCCUCGCCACCCCCCAAGAAACGCGAGCCUACCCCGGAUCUUACCGACGUGGUUCCCAUUCUGGAGCGCAAGCGUCGUUUGACACAAUGGGACAUCAAACCCCCUGGAUACGAACAUGUUACUGCCGAGCAGGCUAAGCUAUCGGGCAUGUUCCCUCUUCCUGGCGCGCCGCGACAGCAGCCCAUGGAUCCGUCAAAGCUACAGGCGUUCACCCAACAGAGUGGCGAGGUCUCGAGUGACAACCUCAUGGCCAGCAACUCGCGCCAGGCGAAACGCCUCAUCGUAUCCAACAUUCCGGCGGGCACAGUUGAAGACAGCCUGAUUGGAUUCUUCAAUCUUCAGAUGAAUGGCUUGAACGUUGUGGAAAGCAACGAUCCCUGUACACUCUGCCAGUUCUCCAACGAUCGCUCUUUUGCCGUCGUGGAGUUCAAGACCGCUGCAGAUGCCACUUUGGCAUUUGCGUUGGAUGGCAUCUCCAUGACUGGCGGCGCUGCGGCCAAUGGCGAUGCCAAUGGAUCAGCCAGCGGCCUGCAGAUUCGCCGCCCCAAGGACUAUGUCGUUCCCGCAGUGUCGGAUGAGGCUCCUCAGGAGUCUGACGUUGUGUCGAGCGUCGUGCCUGACAGCGCCAACAAGCUGAGCAUCACCAACAUCCCUACCUACCUCACAGAAGAGCAGGUCAGCGAACUGGUUGCUUCGUUUGGCCGACCAAAGGCCUUCGUCCUCGUCAAGGACAAAGCCACUGAAGAAUCAAGGGGUAUCGCAUUCCUUGAAUACGUCAAUCCUGCCGAGGCCAACCAGCCCGCGCUGGAAACUCUUAACGGCAUGACGUUCGGCGAGCAGAACCUGAAGGUGUCCAAGGCCAGCAUCGGCCCAACCCAGGUUGCCAACUUUGAUACUGGUGUUGCGGCGAUCAGCGGACUUGCGGCGCAAGCUGGCAACGACGCUGAUCACACUCGUAUCCUACAACUACUCAACAUGGUGACGCCUGAGGAACUGAUGGAUAACGACGAGUACGAAGAAAUCCGCGAAGAUGUCAAGGAAGAGUGUUCCAAGUUUGGCACCGUCCUCGACAUCAAGGUGCCCCGUCCCGCCGGCGGCAGCAGGCAGAUCGCUGGCGUUGGCAAGAUUUUUGUCAAGUUCGAUACUCCCGAGUCGACAACGAAGGCGCUUCAAGCCCUGGCUGGUCGCAAAUUUGCCGACAGGACUGUCGUCGCGACGUACUUCCCCGAGGAAAACUUCGACGUUGGGGCGUGGUAA